AUGACUAGUACACAUCUCGCACCCCCGUCCCUUCGCAAAGAGACUGAAGAUUGGGAAGAAUGGGAGGAUGACGACGUCACUACACCGAUCGAGCCGGUAGAACAAGUCCAGAUGGAAACUCAGGCUGCUACCCCUGGCUCAAAAUCAAACAGCCGAGCAUCAAGACAGCCAGUGGUCAAAGUCAAGAGAUUAAAAUCACGGCAUCGCCAGAAGGCUCAAAAUGCCAAGGCUGGAAUCAAGCUGAUCACCGACAUGGCCACUCUGGGACGUCAGAACCGGGGUACAGUAUGGACACCGGAUAGCAGGCCUCCCAAGUUCGUUGAUGCUGCUGCUCUGAGAGCAUUGGAGGGUGAACCAACCUCGGCGUCGGUUGGAAAUUGGAACUGGUUCAAGAAGGACAAGGGAAGAAGUCCCCAAUCAGCAGCCCCUCCUGCUUCAGCCCUGACUCUAGGCAAUGGCGUCUCUCCAGACGGCCAACACAUCAUGAUUGGUCUUUCCAUUGACCAGAAUGAUCAGCAGAUGUAUGCAAACAACAACAACAACAGCACGACUACAACAGCCCAAACACCCGAUAUUCGCGGUCCAUCCUCAGGCAUGACCUCAACGGAGCACCUGAUCUCUGUCUGGUCCCCAGAUACUCCAACUCCAGACACCACCUCCUCUCACACUUUCCGUGCAGUAUCAAGUGUGUACUCGCAGGUCCCGAACCAGGCCCGCAUAGUGCCAUCAGUUGAUCCUGAAGCACCCCCGGUUCCCGUUCUCCCGAAGACUUACAAGCACAUGUCUGUGCAAAGGGUGAAGAGCAUGGAGGCUACCCCGAGCACUCCUGAAGAAGAUGAUGCCGGAACCCCUUGCACCCUCUUUGAGGAGGAUGCAAGCCCAGCUCCAAAGAAACAAGCCGCUCAGCAGAAAUCACCCAUCCUUACCCUGAAAGCUUACACUUCAACACUCACCCCGGAUAGCGCCGCUUCAAAAUCUCGUGGCUGGUGGGAUCAUGUCGUCACUCCAUUCAUGGAUAGCAAGAGAUUUACCUUCUCGAACCAGAUGGUGAAGGCCGACUCUCCUAGAUUCGAUUCCCCUUCCGAACACAGCCCCAGUACGCCCGUCAGGGAGAUGGAUAUGGACGAGAAGCGAAUCAUCUCAGACUUCCUAGCUGUGCCGGUUCCUUCCGCUGGCAAGCCACCCAGCAUCAAGGUGCCAACUCCUAGGCGAAGCCCAUCACCCCACCUGGUCGACAUCCGAGAUGAGAGUCCUGGCGAAUCUUCAGCUCAGACAAGCCCCGUCUCUGCUGAUAGCGCGUUGGGCUCCGUACAAAAGGCUUUGUUCGAUUCGCCAAACCCCAGUCUUGCCGACCAGCCACCCCCCUAUUCACCUCCUAAGAAGAAUGCACCAGCACCUAUCAGAUACCGGGCUGUUUUCCCACCUGGCCACUUUCUUCAUGCUCAGUUUCCGCCAUCACCAAGACCCCAGACUCCCGGAUCGGCGGGCCUCGGAGCUACAAUGACCUCGCAGGGCGCCACUCCAAUGUUGGACGUCCCCAUCACGCCAACGGUGCCACGGGACAUGCCGGAAGCCCCUUCGAUGCCCUUGCCAAACCGACCUGCAGGAACAUUUGUUCCUCAGGAGCACUCUCUGGGGGCUACUGGUUCGGAAAAUAAGGUUGAGCGCCAGCGUCGCCGUCAUGAGAAGGAGGAGGUGGUAGCUAGGCGUGUAGGUGGAUGCUGGAGAGGACGGGGUUGCGUACCCAAGAGCGGGUGCUUUGGCCGAACAGGCGCAGAAGGCCGUAAGAGACGCAGGACAUGGCUCGGCGUCAUCAUUGCUGCCAUACUCGCUCUGAUCCUCAUUAUUGUGCUCUCGGUGAUGCUCACUCGCCCUCACAAUCAAGAGGUCCAUUCGAUUUGGGUCAACCUCACAGACUUCCCGCCGAUGCCGACUGGUGUUCUGACUUUCGAGGGGCCUGAUAAUACGGUUUCCAGGAGUGGGUGCACCGAGCCUUCUACGCUCUGGAGUUGCUCGCUGCCCAAAGAACAGCAUGAUUCAGUUUCUCCUUACAAGCCAAACCAACCUACAAUCAUCAUGCAAAUCCAAUGGGAUAAUAGCACUCAGAAGUCCUGGAACGUCCCCAACGGUGAUGCCCCCAAAUCUGUUGCAAGGAGAGCCUUGGGAGGACCGGCUCAUGCGGCCAGCGUGCUCCGGACACGAGAGACGAACAAAUUCAACCCUAGCCCCGAAGCUCCUGACUACAAGGAAAUGUGGUUUUUGGGCGAAACUACGGACAAUGUUACUGCAACGGAGAAGGCCGGGGAACCCGCGCCUUUCUAUAUCAGUAUCCUCGAUGACGCGAGCAAGCCGGUAGAAAACCCAGUGCUUAGCAAAAGACAGACAACAAUCGGCGAUGGAAAUUUCAUCAAGAACUACAUCUCGGCACCUGACCUGCUCGAGGAUGGCACGCCUGCUCCGGCGGUAUUGUUCCCCAAACCUGUUCAGCAGCCCGUGAGACUGUAUGACAGAGGGCUUCCUACUGAACGCUAUGCAUUUUACACAUACUUCAAGAGGACCAUCUACCUCAAGUCUACCGCAGCGAACAACAGAACCGAAGAACCCGUUCCCCUUGACGAAGAUGGAGGGUGCGCCAAGACAGAAGCCAACUACUUGGCCACUUGGUCGCAGACGCGUAUGCUUGUGCAGAUCUGGACAAAGCGAUUGGACCAAAACAACGUCAAACUACUUGGCAAUGGCAGCCGCAGCGACAACGAGGAUUCGGAUGGUCUCAGUCGUCCUGGGACAAUGCCGUAUCCUGUCACCGUCACAUUGGAUACGCAUGGUGGAAACCGUACGGAGAAGUUCGUGUGGAUGUGGCCCAUGGAUGCGAGACAAAAACUCGACACAGACAGCCCGAAGUUGAUGAGCAACAAUCUCGACUAUGCAGGGACUGUCAUUAAUCAUAGAAGCGGAGGAGAUGCAGCCCUGGGUGGCUUCGAUGGAGGAUCUGGCGGAUGCAAGUGGAGGGCCCUGGCUAGAUACACCACCCAAGCCCACCGCACGGCACGGUCCUCCCGCCACAGGCCACUCACGACCCUCGCGAUAGAAUCGUCCUGUGACGACACGGGCGUCGCCAUCCUCACCCGCAACCAUGACGGGAGCCGCGAGAGCAAGGGCCCUACACACUCCCUGCUCUUCAACGAGUUCAUAUCCUCCGACCACCGCGAAUUCCGAGGCAUUGAGCCCAUGGUCGCCGUGAAGGGCCACACCAGCUCGCUCGCGCCGCUUCUGCGCAGAGCCAUACACCACCUCCCCGACGCCACGGACGUGGACGUCGCAAACUCAAGGGAAGGCUCGAAGAGCAGUAAGAUAUGCUGGACGGAGGACGGCAGGCCGAAGAAGGUCCCGGACUUCGUGUCCGUGACGCGAGGACCCGGGAACAUGUCCAACCUGUCCGUCGGCCUCAACACCGCCAAGGGCCUCGCCGUCGCCUGGGACGUCCCCCUCGUCGGCGUACACCACAUGCAAGCCCACGCCUUGACGCCCAGGCUGGUGAGCGCGCUGGGGAUGAAGCCGGCCGCCGACACCGGCAGCAACAGACCGGCCCGCGGCUUAAAGGGAGCCAACAAGCAGCAGACCUCCAACAGCAGCACAUCACCAGAAUUCCCCUUCCUCUCCCUUCUCGUCUCCGGCGGCCACACCCAGCUCGUCUUCUCCAAGUCCCUGACCGACCACCGAAUCGUCGCAUCCACCCUCGACGUCGCCUUGGGGAACCUCCUCGACCACGCCGCCCGCGACAUCCUCCCCGCCGACGUCCUAGCCACCGUCCCGGACGUGAAGUACGGCCGCCACCUCGAGGCCUUCGCCUUCCCCCAGGGCGGCACCCAAGACGAGUACGCCUUCUACCCGAUCCCCACCGCCCGCGCCUACGAGCUCGUCAGCCUCGACACCGGCUACGACUGGUUCCUCCCGGCCCCCAUGGCCAAGGACCGCAAGCUCGCCUGGUCCUUCUCGGGCCUCGGCUCCUCCGCCUCCAACAUCGUCGCCCAGAUCUCCUCCACUCAUCACUCCUCCGAGAGGGAAGAGGUCGAGGAGCGCCGCGCCCUCGCCCGCCACACCUUCGCCGCCGCAUUCCGCCACCUCGUCGGCCGCAUCGUCAUCGCCCUCGAGGACCGCCGGGACCUCCGAGACUCCCUCCCCUCAACGCUCGUCGUCGCGGGAGGCGUCGCCUGCAACCGUUUCCUCAUGCACGUCCUGCGCAGCACCCUCGCCGCCCGCGGGUACGGGCGCAUGCGCAUCGUCGUGCCCCCUCCCGCCCUCUGCACCGACAACGCCGCCAUGAUCGCCUGGGCCGGCAUGGAGAUGUACACGGCGGGGUGGCACACCGACCUGGACGUCCUGGCCAUCAGCAAGUGGCCCAUGGACCCGGACCGGGGGGAGGGCAUUAUGGGUGCCCCUGGGUGGUUGAAGAGAUAG